GGUAUAAAUUGGGCGUACGGUCGUCGCGAUGUUGCCCGACAGACUAGACAAGCGGAUGCGAUAUGGCGGCGAUGAAUGUCGACAAGACGUGCUCCGUGUUAUCGAUUUCUCGGCAGGAUCGUCGGGAAACGUCUCUUUUGAACGAUUGUGACAUUAAUAAAAUACUGGAGCGCAAAUUUGGUAGCGGUAACCCUCGACUUGUCGACUGGAAGUUGGAGCCUCUCGACGGAGCGAGAGGUUUCCUCGGCCAAUAUUAUCAUCUUCACAUCAUGGUGCGGAUCGACGACAAGAUGCAAAGUUUGCGGUUCUUCGCCAAAGCUCCGCCGCCGGAUCACAGCCCGCAGUUCGAAUUUCUCCAACGGUUCGACACGUUCAACAAAGAGAUCUCCGUUUAUACGGAUUUGGUGCGGCAGAUGGGUGCGGGUGAAUCCCCAAAGUGGAUGGUGGAGUGUUACCUUUGCAAACGAAACGCCAUCAUCGUUCUGGAGGAUGCAUCGAUAGAUGGUUAUGCCACGUUGAACAAAUACGUGCCGUUCGACCACGAGCACUGCGUCUGGCUAGUGAGAACUCUUUCGAGGCUCCACUCGAGGUCUCUGCUACUGGACGAGAGACUUGGCCGGACCAUCUUCGAUCUUUACGGACACCUGCUGAACGAAGUACUCUUCGUCGAGGGGGACGACAGAUCGGAAAGGGCCCUCGCCUCCAGUAUUACAGGCCUCUGCGUUAUGGUCGAUCUUAUCGAACAACUUGACGACAAAGAGAAGAUCGUUGUCAAACGCCGAAUCACCGAAUGGUCUCGAAAAAUGUCGCGUUUACUGGCUCCGUCGAGCGAACAUAGAAACGUUAUCUGUCAUCGUGACAUGUGGGCAAACAAUAUUAUGUUCCGGUAUGAUCUAGCCGGCAACGCGAACGGCUGUUACUUAAUAGAUUUUCAGUUUCUUCGUUAUUGUCCCCCGGCUAUCGACUUUGCGUGCUGUCUGUAUCUAACCACCGAUCGAAAUACCAGAGAUCGUCAUUUCGACUUCUUCGCCAGAACUUAUCACGAUUCGUUCGCGCGGGGCCUGGCGGAGGAGGGUUUCAACGUGGAGAAUUAUCUAUCCUGGACGGCAUUUCGGAAGAGCUACACAGAGGCGCGAAACAUUGCGCUUGUUUAUGCCGCGCUCAAUCUGCCAAUAAUGCUACUAUCACAGGAGGCAUCCUCGGAAUAUUUCUACGACUCGACCGAAAAACUUGAGCAAGUUUUGUACGGGGACGACCGAGGGGAACUCAUGCUGCAUCAAUGCGAGAAGGAGCCGGCGUACAAGUUGCGUAUCGUUGAGAUUCUAUGUGAAAUCAAGGACCGUCUGCCCGAGCAUCCGCCGAAUCUGUAAUUUUCGUAGACCGUGAGAUACGGCGUAUUCAGAAACGUGUGUCGCUCGUACCCGUUUUACGAUUUGUGACAAAAGAUUGAACUAGUGCCAAGUACGAACCUUAUCGUCGAUACCUUAUUUACAAUUUUUCAUUGCUCGUAAGUUUCGAGAAACGUUAGGUUAUUCAGAAGAAAUGGGUUCGCUAGAGUGAAAAAGAAUUUUCCGAUACAAUGAAACAUGUAAAUUUAUUAACAAACUGCAAACUGUAAUUAUUUUCUUCAUCUUUUAUACGAUCUUUUAGUGGACUAAUUACUUGAAGAAAUUACUUAUUAUUGGUUUUCAUGUCAUGCACAAUUUAGCACAUAUAUGACUUUUCAGUGACGAUUAUGAAAAAUAUCUCGAGAGAAAUAAUGUACAGCUUUGGUGAAAAAUAUUUGCCACCUAUGUAUGUGAAACUUGGAUAACUUUUAAGUAUUUUACAUUUAGGUUAAAUAAACAAUACCAGUUGACAUUCAGCUUUUCCAUAACGAUUUAUGGUGUAUCACACAGUACUAUGAGGACAUUUCACUAA